GCCUAGAAACCGUAAUCAACAAAACACAGUAACGUUAAAGCUAUUGUUAGCUAAAACAUUCAUAAGUAGCUAGCUAACGUUAAAGGUGGAUACGAAGUGCGAGUCAUUUCAGCUGUCUGUCACAGAAGUUCCGUCCCAGUGUAUCCAACAACAACAAAAAUGUCAGUACCUUUUUCCAACACUCACCUCCGGGUCCCGCGAGGAUUUGGUACCAUCCUGGAGGGGCUGGCCAGAGAAGUCCUGCGAGACCAGCCUGAAGAUAUCCCUAAAUAUGCUGCACAGUACUUCGAUGCUCUUCUCAAACAAAGAGAAGAUAGUGGCAUGGACCCUGCUGACUGGGCUGCUAAACUGGAAGAUAGAUUCUAUAACAACCAUGCAUUCCAGGAUACUGCUCCUAGUCCUGAAAAAGAGCCAGCAACAGAGGUGACCAUUUCCAAAGAAAAAUCAUAUGAGUCUCAACCUGAAGAUGAAUCCAGUUAUUCAGCGGAACCUUCAAAUGUUUCCACCACACAACCUAAUGUCUCUGAAGAGCUUGAUUUAACUGAAAGCACAGAUGAAGAAGAAGAAGAUGAUGAUGAUGAUGAUGAUGAUGAUGGAGAAGAUGAAGAAGAAGAAGAAAAACAUGAUAUUACAGAGAAAGGUGUUAUUUCAGUGGGAAAGAGACAUUCAGAAGACAAAUCAGUCAACUUGAUCCCGGCUGCAGAUGUACAACCAGAUGAGCUGAGUGGGACAGAGGAGGAGAAAGACCCAACAAUAACUACAUUUGAUCAAGUUGACAGGACAGCUAAUAGAAUGGAUAGCAGCUCUGCUCCAGACCAAAAUAUACCUAAGUCUGAGCUAGAGCCCACUGACUUGUUAUCAUUCAGAGGGAUUUCAAAUUUAGAUGUGUGUGCUCAGGAGUUAGGAAUGGCAGAAGAUGAGGGAGGUGAUGAACAGGAGAUUGCAGUUGUAGAUGAGGAGAUUGUAGACUCAGAAGAAGAGGAAAAUGCUGGGGUUGAAGAACCUGUGGAGGUCUUUCCAUAUUCUGAUGUUAAUGUGUGUGCUACAGAGCUCAGAGGAACAGAAAGAACAAUGGAAGGAGCAACUGCUGAUGAUACACGUGUCAUUGAUGAGGACAGCUCAAAACCCCAACCAGAGGAAACUUUUGCACAAUCAUUGUCCCACUCUGACACCCAUGAGGGCAAUCAACAAGAAGCAGAAGAUCAGAUAGAAAAAACAAAGGAGGAGGAAGGACCAGAGACUGAGGCUUCUUCUGGGGGAAUACAUGAAAGUUUAGCUCAUGUAGAGGGUGGUUUAGACAGUAAUGUUAUAGCAAAGGAGGAUUCAUUGGUUGAGAUUAGCUUUGAAGAUGUUCCAGAUGUUCAGCAGAUUCAAGAGGUUGAGGAGAAACAGCUAGAGGAAGAGGGCUCAGUAGAGGUCUUACAGGCUAACGUAUUAGAAACGCAACAGGAGGAAGAGUCAAAAGAGCCUACUGCAUUGGCAACAGACCAAAACAUAUCUAGCACACUAGACCAUGAUGAACCUGAAAUGAUUGGAGUUGAAAAGGAAGUUAACUCUGAAGGGGGGGAAAUGAAAAGUCAGCACGAAGCAUCUGAUAUAAUGACGGAGAAGGUGGACACAAAUGAUUCUAAUUUAAAGGAUAGUGAUGAUGAUGAUGAUGAUGAUGAUGAUGAUGAUGAUGAUGAGAAGCACAAAGGUGUUAAAACCAUCAGCUCAGCAUCACAUCAGCCCACCAACGAGACAGACGAAGAGAACCCAGAGGAUGAAACCGAUCACGAAAAUGAAGAUAAUGAGAAGAUAAGUGACGGUGAAUUUCACCAGGAUGAGGAUUCUGAAAAAGAGGCAAAAUCAAACAACCCUAACUUCACAGAAGAUGAGACAACAGACACAGUUGGAGGAGACAAAGAGGACAUACAUACAGAAGGAUAUAGUAUGGUGGAGGAUCAAGAAAUUGAUGAUGGUGGUGUGGAAAAUCCCUCAUCACAAGUGACCCAGUCAAAUAUAUCAACUGCUGCAAUGGAGACGGAGAGUGAAGCUUUAGAGACAAGUGCACUACAUCUACCAAAGGAGAACGAGGCGAGUCAGAGAACACCUGUAGAGUCACAGCCAGAGGAUACAGUGAUAGAAAAAGAGGUCACAUCAAAGGAGAGAAGUUUAGAAGCAGAGGAACGUGUAGAAGAAGGAAAGGUUGAAAUACAAGAGAAGAGUGAUGCAAUGUGUGAAGAGGGAAGCAUCAGCCCCGCUCAGAGUGUAGGUCGGCCGGCUGCAGACCAGCAAGGAGAGGAGAGGCCACUUGGGUCUGGAAAGGACUCCACAGAGCCUGAAGGCAAGAGUGGUGACAAGGUAAAAUGUGAUGCUUCUUCUCAAUACAGAAAAAUGGACUGUCACAAUGAGGAGUGCAGCCGGCCCCAGGAGGAGGAGGACAUCAUGGACAUCCCCCUGGAUGACCCCGAGGCCAACAGGGCUGCUGCCAAGAUCCAGGCUGGCUUCCGUGGACACAUGACCCGUAAGAAGAUGAAGCCGGAGGACAAAGCAGAAGGGGAGGAGGUGAGCAGCACUGGGGAUGUGCUCAACGGCAGCGAGGGGGGCACAGAGACAGGAGGAUCGGGGGCAGUAGAGAGAGACGACACAUCUGUGCCAGAGCAGUGACGCCUCGGUCCUGACCUGGAUGAAGAGAAAGAAGGGGAAGCAAGGUAGCGAGAGAUGGCUGACAUAAGCUGGCUGGGCUGGCUUUCAGGCACACGUUUUUACCCCAGGAGUCUUUUAUUUUAUUUUAUUUUUCUUCAACACAAAUUAGCAGUAGAGAAUGAACCGACAGUUUUGAGGGUGUGUUAUGUGAAUUUUCGUGAACUUUAACACUCCUUUUCUGCUUCUUCAGCAGUCUCAUCAGUACGGAUGUCUUUGACCCAGAAUUUGCAACUCACUGCAUGUACUUGUGAAACUUCUGGUAGUGUGCUAGUUUUUAGAUGAUGAUCUGUGAAUGUGAUAAAUGAAUGUCCUCUAAAUGCUAAACAGGGCUUAUUGUUGGAUGGAUCAGUUCAUACCAUCUGUGUAUAAACCUUGUAAGCAUCCGCUUUAGACUUUGCGUAUUUAGUGGCUUCAAUUAUUUAUUUUGCAUUGUUAAUGAUGUGCUUGUAUCUUGACUUUUAUUUACCUAUUUGACUUGCUUGCAAAAAAUAUUAAAACAUCAGAGAAGAGAAGUAGCUAUGUAUGUUCUAUUUAUUCUAAGUUAAUUAAUUCAGACUGCACCUCAAUUUUCUUUUUGAUCACAUGAUAAGUAUGUUCUCUUUUCACCUAUUCAAGCAUUUUCUAUAAAUCUGAUCUUCCAGAACAGUAAGCAUGCAGUGAUUACACUUUUUUUUUCUUCUCCAGAUGCAUUUGGUACAGCUUUCCUUUGAGACAUUACUUCAAUAUGCUCUGUCGUUGUGUUGGUGGAUUUGACUUGUUUGACGUAUGUUAAAUCAGGUGUGUGAAAUUUAUUAUCAUAGUUUUCAGAGUCGUGUGCUAACUAAAUGAAUGGUACCUUGCUGAACUUUGCUGUAGAGUCAUGUCAUUACACUAAUAAAUCCACCUUAAAUACACAA